GUCAUUUGAUAGAGCGCACGAUAAACAGCAGCACAAAAGCGCAGAAGCAGAGGUGACGAAAAAGGUUUCUCCCGAGAAAAAGGUUAGCGUAAUAGAUGAAGAGUCUUCGUUUUUUGGAAUUGUGAUUAGCAGAAAAAAAAAAACAAAAGAAGAAGAAGAAAUGGGAGGUUGCUGUUGUUGUUCUUCUUCACGAAGAGCUGAUGUAGAUAAUGGACCUGCGUACUAUUACUACCCGAGGGCAACCGAAGAGCGUGUUCCUUUAUCUUCGGCUCAUAACAGGACAUCCUCUGCAAUCUCCUCUGGUGUUGUAGUCGUAGACACAAACUUGGAGACAUCAUCUCCUGAUGCUUAUAUACCACCACCACCACCUAUUCCUUUUGAUGUGGCUAUAGGGGUUCCUCAAACACCAGGAAACGGUGAAGAGACUACUUGUGUUGAUAUAAGAGAAGUUUCAGCAGAAACCGCUAAUACCGAGUCUGCUCUAGAAACAGUUGAUGGUAUCACUCUCGGGGUUCCAACUACAUGCUCAUUUAAAGACACAGAAAGCAAAAUCCAGACAGAGCUUAAUCUUGAAUCUACUGAAGAUAUAGAUCCGAAGCUAUCAAAAGACGUCUUUGUGCCAAUAGAGGAAGAGGAGGAUUGUCCCAUAUGUUUGGAAGAAUAUGAUAAUGAGAAUCCUAAACUUCUGGCCAAAUGUGACCACCAUUUUCACCUGGCAUGCAUUCUAGAAUGGAUGGAAAGAAGUGAAACCUGCCCGGUCUGCAACAAGGAAAUGGUAUUUGACUCUCCCCUCGACUAGUAACCUGCAAGUACCACAAGUUAGAAGGCUUGAUUCGCUCUGAACCCGAACAAAGAAAACGGAUAAAAGUAGAAGAAGAGAAAAUGGUAACAAUACACAAUAGUCUCGUUCUUGGAAUUCAGAAGUUGCAUUUACACAUCAGUGUUGAUAUACAUAUAUGCUUGUACAGACGUUUGAAGUCGUCUACUAAAGAAGAUUAAGAUAAGAGUUUAGGGGUUUGUGCUUUAACAUUCGCUUCUGUGAAUAAACAGAAAAAAAAAAAAAAAUGAAGUUCUUGUAGAUUUUCUAUUUUGAUUUUGUUAAUUCUUGUGUUUUUAUAGGUUCUUUUAGAAGUGUUUUAGCUGGGGUUUAAUUUGGGUUUGAUUCUGUUUUUUAUUUGUUCGGUUUUAAGAAAAACAGUAAUCAAACUGAAAUUGAGUAUGUUAUGGAUUGGGUUAUUACGGUUCGGGUUUAGUUUAGUGUAGUGUUUACUUUCUUCCUUUUAUUGUUUUUGUCAGAUGUAAAAUGAAAAUGUUUCUAGUGCACAUCAUGUUUUUUUAGUCUAAUUUUAUCACAGUUUGUUUACAUU